UGUCGGUAGCGGCCUAUGCCUUCGAAUUUAUUGUUUAUUCAAGUUUAAUCUUAUUGCUUAUAAUUCGGUACAUAGGUAGUGGAAUAAAAUCAGGACAUGUAAAAUUAUUAAAGUGCUUAUUUGUUCGUGCAAUUUAAUUUAAUAAGUUUACAUUGGCCGGGGAAAUGAAAAAGGAAAAGCAAAAAAAAAAUUAAGUAAUGUGCAAUGAAAGAAACACCACAUACCCAAAAUCAUGUUCAACAUAGAAUCCUACAUAACUCCCAUACUGCUCAGCUAUGUUGAUAAAUAUGUACGAGACUUCAAACCAGCCGAUGCACAGGUGUCACUAUGGGCGGGCGGGGUGACUUUGCACAAUUUAGUAUUAAAAGCAGAUGUACUGCAAAAGGAAGUGGCUCUGCCGUUCACCCUCGUCUCUGGCCGCAUACACGAGCUCCUCAUUCAAGUACCAUGGACCAAGAUUAUGUCAGAACCCAUUGUUGUCACCAUCAAUACAAUAGAAUGCAUACUCAGUCUCAAUCCCCCUUCACCAGAAGAGAGUCCACCUCCAGAAGCACCCAGGACGCAAGUAGUAGAAGCUCCUCCGGGCUACAUGCAAGCGCUUGUCCGUCGGAUCGUUAGCAACAUAUCCGUGCGGGUCCACUCGCUGAUCGUGAAGUAUGUGCACGAUGAUAUUGUGCUGUCCCUGAAUGUUAAGCGGCUGGCCGUGGACAGUGUGGGCGCUGAUUGGCAGCCGCAGUUUGCUGAUAUAGAUCAAGUUGAGCCAGUUAUCAGGCGGCUGGUUCGUUUGGAUGACUUAACGUUGUGCCUCGACAAAAGUGAUUCUGAUGGAAAAAUACGUUUUUAUCAAGAACCCCUGCUAUAUAGAUGUCAAUUAGACCUCCGAGUAUUAACGCGUCUAGUAUCCGCCAAUACGCGUCGAGCACGCAGUCUCAGCGUCCAAUUGCGUUCGAGCCGGCUCGCGUGGGGCGUGACCAGUGAGCAGCUCGUGCUGCUGCUGCGGCUGCUGAAGGAGCGCUCACUGGCGGACACCAAACCCCCCUCGCCGGUGCCCAAAGCGCCGAGUGUCCAGCUGGCGCCGUUGCAUUCAGUAUCAUCCAACUCAGCUGAACCAGCACGCAGCGAGAGCUGGUCCGAGUGGGCGUGGUCAUGGCUGCCCACGUGGAUGGACCGCGAGGGCGUGGAGGAAACACCCGCACCAGCUGCGCCGAUACCGAUUGCGUUUACGGCUUAUUUGGAACACGUGGCGCUGGUGUUUAAGGUGAUGGAAGUAGAAGGCGGUCGCAAACGUGCGCGCGGUGUUCUAGAAGUUUCCGCAACAGAUGCAGUAGUUAAGAGCUCAGUGUGCUCUCCCACAACUUUACGGGUACAGUUCGGUGCUAGAGAGUUGGCGCUAGUGUCGCACGGCCGCUGCGUGUGCGGGCACGUGGGCGUGGAUGCGUUGAACGAAGCACCGACCAUAUACCUCAGUAAAACGGGUGACCACGAUGAAGAUUGGUGCUGGACGGACGAGGACUUCAGUGAUCACAAGAUUGAGCUUGGAGUCGCUGCUGAUGAGCAGCUCGGAGAACCACUGCCUACUCAAUCGGACAACGUACCAGAUUCUCAAACAGAGCAGACUCAAGACCAAAUACCAACAGAAACGGAUGAAGCAAAAGAAACCUUCUGGACCAAAAUGGCGCCUGUUAUUUAUGUAGAGUACAACCAUGAUAGAGUGCCCUCUGACAGACUUGUUAAUCCGUAUGAUAAUCCACCACGGGACUUUGAAUAUAGUGACUGGGUGGAAGACAGCGUAAUGAAGAUAGCUGUGAGUCCAAUGUGUGUUCAAGUGUCUACUGGCCUGAUACAUCGGCUUGGCGUUAUAAGGAAUGCUUUGAAUACUGUGCCAUUGUUUAAUGAUGAAGAUCCACCAACACGCACGCUAACUGUGGAAGAAUGCGACGCGCUAUCCGAAAACCUUCCACAACGUCGUAUAGGUAUAGAGAUAGAGGGACUCACUAUAAGGUUGAUGCCCUGGGAUCACUCGCAAAAUGAUAAGCCUCUAGAAUCAUCCAUAGUACUUGAUGUGGAUCUGCCAGAAGCGGUGCUCAAUGUGGCCGCGCCUUUGUAUCCUUUACGGGUAUGCUCCGCAGCAUCCCAAAUGCCAGAAGACACCGGACCGCUCUGGCAAGCUGCUCGCCUCCAUAUAUCUGGCUCUAUAACCGCACUACAAGCUUCACUGAUCUCACUAGUGGAUGACAAGUCAAGACCCUGCGCACGCGCAGACGUUCGCUUCGUUACGCAUUCGCUGAUGCAUAGGAAUUACUUCGCGGAAGAUAGUGUGGCGUUCAGCUAUAGUGUUAAGAUACGUGAAGCAAUAGUGUGCGGCUCUUCAGCGCGUUUACAAGCGGCCUGGUACAUUCCUAUAUCUCUGUUCACUCAGAAAAUAUCUAUGCCGCUAAAACACACCACCGUUGCUAAGGAUGCUUUGACUGAUGAAGAAUCCGUAGCGUUAGAGCUGACACUAGAAGAGCUAUCGUUGCGGGGCUACAUAACGAAAAACAUACAUACACACAUUGUGACAUUACAUUCAGUACGAGCUACCGCGCAUCAUGCACCAAUUGACGACGAGGAGAAACAAGCUUGGUUGCUUUCGGGCCCUGAUAUGCCCACGACAACACCGUACCUUCGUAUUGCGUUUCAAUGGUGCAAAGAGCCGACAUCAAACGCGUUAGAUUAUAUCGGCAUAUGGCUGGAACCUAUGGCCUUAUGUGUCGAUCCGUUGUUCGUAGCCUGGCUUGGAUAUAGGCCGAAGGUUAAGAUUACAGAAUCACGAUCGCAAACGUCUAAUCUGAAAAUGUCUUCAUCGCAGUAUUUAUUGAAGCGACGAACGACUCCACCGUCAAGCGGUAGAGGUGGUAGCAGAUCAGGGUCUGGAGCGGAAGUCCACGUGAGGACUCGCAGCGUGGAGUCCAGCAGCGAGAGGAGUGAUAAGAAGGAGCCUAAGCCUAAAGCUCCAAGUCCGCCGCCCGACGUGUGGUGGUCAGAAGAGCGUUUACUCCACUUGCACGCUCGCCUCAAGCGCAUGCUAGUGACGUUCGAGUGCGGAGUGGUGCUGGUGUACGUGACAGCGGCUAGCGCGAGUGCGGUGCACUGUGCGACCGCGCGCGAAUCGAUCGAGCGGCACGCGCUAGGGCUCAACCGAGUGCUGGCUCUGAGUCUCGGUCGCUGGUCUAUACAUUCCAAUUCCUCAAUGAAGCAUCUCUGGCAAGAAAUAAGGCACGAUGGACCUACAUUUCUUUCAACAAAAAGCGAAGACAUAGGCGAAUCGUUUCCCUGGAAGAUACGUAUCGCGGACGUGUCCUGCUACACACUAGAGGUUCGCGCGGCCACAGAACGUUCUGGCAACGAAAAAUCCGCCAGUGGACUGCGGUCACAGUUGAAACCCUGUCCAGUGGCCAUGCCCAGGACAGUGCUCGAACUCGUGACCACCACGAUCACGCUGUCCGUGGUCACUAAGUCGCUGCAAAUUAAGACUAUACCGAGGAAAAGUGAGGUUAAGAAACAAACGGAUACGAGUAAAGAGGAUGAGAAAGUGAAGUUCUUCACGGGUGGCGUUGAUUUCAAACCAUCUUCGUUGAAAGAAUUCGUUCGUGGGCCGGCUAAGCGGAAAAAACAAAGCAGUCCUGAGCCAAAAGAGCCGGAACCGGCGCCAGAAAGUGUGGAAAGCAAUAUAAAAACUGGUCCCAUCGUGACUCUGGGGGUUAACAUUUAUGCCGACACUCCGCCUGUUACUGUACGCGUGGAUAGUGACCAAGUACACAUGGUUGUGGUUGCGAUACAUUGUUUCACGCAUGUAUUGAAAUUGUUACGGCGACCACCCUUGGCUAUCCCGAAACAGAGUUUUACAUCAACGGGUGGAUCGCGAAGAUCGUUUAUAAGGUCCGUGUCAGAAAUGGAUGAAGUGAGAAGCCUCUCUGAGGAGACGGAGAGUGGCAACCCUUCUGAACUUAUAUCGAUAUUCGAAGCGCAUCCAGAGAGAGAACCGAUAAAAAUGAAGACGUUCUUCUGGUUCCAAUGGGUGGUGAGCCACGCUUCCCUGGUGUUCACGACGCCGACGUCCAAGCUUAUUUUCGAUAUGGAUGACGUCAUCAGCAGCGUCGACCUGCAGGAGCACUACAACCAGUUCAAAGUGAAGGUCGCCUCUGCGUUCGUGAAGCACUUGGACCGUACUGGCAGUGACGAAUGGACGCCCGGAGUGCUCGAUGGCAGAGUGUUGGAAGCUCGAGAGCCAACUAACGCAAAGGAAGAGAGUCACUUCCUCGCUGUCACUAUAACACAAGCUUUAAUAUCCAAUUUACCUGCUAGCUGGAAGGAAGAACUACAUCCGAAACUUCUAGAACAAAAUGCAAAAGAAGAUUGCAUGUGGGAGAUUUACGCGACUCUAGCGCCACUAGAAGUUGUAUUACGACCGAUUGUUCUAGAACAAAUCGUGUGCUUACUGAGAGAUUUGGCGCCUAAAUCAUACUGUCCUUUGAAAAACGAGGAAACCAGGCAAAGCCAUUGGCAAUGGCCGUUCUGCUACGUGACAGCGGGAGGCUUGCGUCUCUUACUGACUGAUGACAUCAUCACCAAUGAUGAUGACACCAUUAUGUUUAUUAUCGGCAAAGUAACAGUUAAUCCACACCCUGAAAAUCCUAUAUGCAGGCGUGUAGUAAACCCCGGCACGGAAAACACGUGGACGACAUCAGGCAUAGGAAUGGAGGGUCGCCAAUACGAGAUCCUCUUGAAGAAUAUAGCAAUACGAUCCGCUAGGUUCAAACAACUUGUUAACCAAGAGGCAGUUGAAUCAGAAAUACUAAAGACUACUGGCGGUGAGAAUCCGGCCUUAAAAUGGAGUCAGCCCGUGGUUUCGCCGUGUAUUACACCAGUAUUGCAUUCCGUGGACGUAAGUUGCGUGCUUGCGCCCGCAUUUUUCCACUGCGGGGCGCUAGCGUGCGGGCCCGCGGUUGAAGUGAACCUUGUAACAGACUGUGCCAUAGAGCUCAGCGUGGAUAGACUCGGCGUGGCCUUGCUCAUAUUGGAACACGUGACUGCUGCUUUGGAACCCAAGGAAAAUUCGACCGCGCUUAUAGAGGACGGUGUAUGUCCGUACGUAGAGGUUAUCAUGGACCAAAUGAGUCCAGAUAACUCGCCCACUGAUAGCGACGCUACUAUAUCUGAGGAAACAACAAAAAGCGCACCAGAACUAAGCCGUGGCUUCAUGGCCGACUCAGGAAUAGAUACAGUGACUUCGCAAUCGACGUUCAAAUUUGGUCGGAGGGAACCGUCUGCGCCUUUGAAGAAAUCUGUGUCCAUUGCCUUCACUGAUUAUAACGCAAAAGCAUCAGACUACCUAGAGCUGUUCGUAACAAUGGGCGCGAUAGAUAUAUCUCUAUACGCGAACGACACGGGUUCCCCGGAACUAACGCCACUCCGCAGUCCCGGGUCGUACCGCCCGCCGCCCCGGGAACAGGCGGACGAGCCUGUGCUUAAGGUUGUAAUAGACGAGAGCAAAGAGGCCAAAAAGGAAGACGCUCAAAGUUCAGCGACGGCAAGCAAAAGUCUGACAGAUACGAUACGUCAUGCCGAUCUCACUCAGCGCAAGAUUGAUCUCGCUAAUGUUCUACCGCUCGCUCGUAAAACAGAAGGCAAUUUACCACUCUUACAUGUGACAAUGCAUCAGCCGAACUUGUACUACUGGCGACGAAAGACCAACAGAACUAUACAGAUAUCCCUUUUCAACUUGUGGGUCGGUCUCGGCGGUGGGCAAGCGGACACACAGUGGCACUGUCCAUUAUUUAGUGCGGCGAAAGGCACAGCCGAUCCCGUCACGGAUAUACCGCCCGCGCUUGCCACGCUACGGGUUGAACUAACGCCUGGUAACUACGGCAGCAAUUCAAAUUCACGUGGCUCAGUGCAAUUGGACGUAGAGCGACCUUUACUUUUCGAAGUGUCUACCGACCGACUGAUACGGCUCAAAGGAAUAAUGAAACUGGUAAAUAAAAAUCUUCCGCAACGCAAAAAUGACUCACAAAGCCGCGCACCUAAAGUUCCUGUGCUGUACAAAUUAAGAAGAUUUAUGGUCCGCAACAGCAUAGACAGCAUAAUAGCGCAAACAACCCAAGUGGCCGUGCGCGGGGAGUGGGGUGCGGCAGGUUGGGAAAGUGCCAGCGCUCAGUUGGCCGCCGGCAGCAAGCCGGAGCGGUUGUGCUGCCGUGCGCUGUUCACUGCGUUGCUGGCUACUGCCGGUGCGCCCAGUGACAGGCGGCAUGUGCUGCUGCAGCCGAUGGUGGCCGGUAUACGGCUAGACGCAACAUGGGAAUCAUGGCGUCGUGCUGAAGGUGGACUAGCAGCUCGUGAACCCAACAUUCGUCUGGCAGUAGAUCUAGACCGUAUGGGAAUAGAUGUGAGACCUGAAGAUCUGGCCGUCAUAGCUCAGUUAAGAGACAUUCUGAAAGAGCUUGGACAUGACACUGAAGAAAUAUAUAGCGAGAAAAUCGAAGCAUUCGUUCAACAACCGGGUACUAGCGUCUCCGGGCUGUACCAAUCCGCCAGCGUUCAUCAACCGUCCGUCAUAUCCAUUGAGGGCAGAGAUAGUACCGAUCAUAAUUAUUAUAAGGACGAUUUAAGGAGUGGAGCAUUCAAAAUAAUAUCUGGUGGUCAGCUACCAAUGGCGUACCAGAUAAUGCUGCAAGGUGACUCCGUAUCAUGGAGGUAUCCCCACCCCAGAGCUAUCACCAGACUAAUAGCCUUCCCUCUACCAGGCCAGGAAGAAGAAAUAGAAUGCGUGCUGGAGUUAUACAGUCCGUUACUAUGUCGCUGGGAAACACACACCUGCUUCAAGUUGCCGAUACAUGAGCAAAGGGAAUUGAAACUGAACGUUAGGGCUAAUGAUGCAGUAUUUGCUUUAAUGUGGCGUGUUAGAGUUUGUUCUCACUCGGAUGCAAAUGCACCGCCGUUCGAGUUUGAUAUGAGGAAGUUUAUGCCCAGUCGAGAUCCAAUGUCAUACGACCAGCCGCCAAUAUGCGACUAUUACCAGAAGACAAGUACAAUAACUGGCGAACAGUUAUCAGGAGUACUCAGAGUGGAUUCCUACUUUGCACCAAGACUCUUGCCGAGGUUUAGAUUGGCUCUGCGCAUGGCCUGCCUCGAGUUUAACGUGCAUAACGCUCUGCCGAAGAUUGAUAGGGAAGCGAGUAAUCUAGAAGGUUAUUACGUGUCACGUCCGCUGUCUCGCAGUCACCGCACGUUGAGCGUGCGCGUAUCGGACGCGGCGCUGCAUUUGCUAAUUGCGUCUUCGCCUAGAAUUAUCUUUGAUGCUAAAUUGUCGGGCGACAUAAUAGACAGUUCUACGGGUGCAAUGGAGCAGUUCGUCGAAGAGUUUCGUACCCAGGGUAUCGUCGAAAUGGUAACAGAACCACGGUUGCGAUUACGCGCAAGUGAUAUACGUGCGGCGUUACAUUUGCAACGCGUGUGCACGCUACGAGCGCUCGUGGACGACUGGGAGGAUGCGUACCAUCGGUCGCUGAACCGUUCGAAAACAAAAGGAACCGAACACAAACCCCCAAAGGCAUCUUUGGACGGUCUCAUCUCGCUUUGGGUGCAUAACAACUGCGCCAUUGCGCUAAGAAUCGGUCAGGAAGGCACCGAAGAGGUUAUACCACUUGGUCCGGGAGUCAGUUUGGCUUACAGAUGGCGGUCAGCUACGGCUCCGAAAAUGUUAAGAUUCGCUUUAGCUGGUCCUUCAACAGAAUGGCAUUGGUCUACUAGCUUACCAUUCACUGGGGGAACUAGACGCGUUCGGCUAGAAGACGCAGAAGAUCUUGUAACAGACUACAGGGGGGGGAUGUCGCUAUACGUGCGUGUGGGGGAGACCGGGGCGAGACGGGAUAUGUACCUCGCUGGAAGGCUGCUGGUGGUCAAUAUGCUGCGGUUGCCUCUGUUGUAUAAGGUGCGCUCUCUACGUUCAAGUCAAAACACGUGGCAGACGAUUAGUUCUGGCGAAUUGCAACCCGAGACAAUCGGCUGGAGCGUGCUCUGCAAUAGUGACUCUGAAUCUGUUCUCAAACUGAGAUUCAAUUCGCAAGAAUCCGGCUGGUCUGGCGAUAUACCUUUGAAGGAGUGUCGCAAGGAAAAUGUGCCUUGGUUGGUCAAAGUACCCAACACAGGCGAUGUGCCAUACAUAUCAGUGUGGUGUCGUGUAGUGCGCGCGCGCAGUGAUGGACGCAUUGUAGCUACGAUAUGGCCGUUCUAUGUACUCACGUCUCAUUUACCGCUGGAUACUGAUGUAUUAAUAUCAUCCGAGCUCAGUCAAGCGGAGCUCGAAGACGGCCAACUACCCGCCAUAGUGCAGACGGCGCCGGGUCGUGGAGCUAGCACUCACCUCUCAGCUCCUGGUACUACGUCAGCUAGACACACGCUGUCUUUUCAAUACAGAAACAUCGAUUGUCCGGUAACACGUGAUGCGGUGCCGCUGCACUACGGCGUCACAGACACGUCUGUAUUCGAGAAGCCCACUAUAACUAAUACUGUGGACGAAUUAUUGGAUAUUUUACGGCAAUGGUUAAAUGGUUCAGCGCGUGACGCAAAAACAACAUGGCCGUACUCCAUAGUGACCAGCCAUUGGCCGGGAACAUGGCAGCCGGCGUUGCUGCAGCCUCGAUGUGAUAUUAAUGUCCGCUACAACCCCGUCCGGGCUGGGGGUGGUUGUUCACUAGAACUACAAGUGUGCCCCGUGGUGUUGCUCGCGAACGCGUCGCCGAUAGCGCUCACGUUGCGCGCGUAUGACGCGGCGCCGCUGUGCAAACUGGAGCCUGGUGUUGCUAUAUCCCCGCCUACUAUCAUACUCAAGAAACCGUUCUUCAUGUCAGUGGAGAUGGGUCGCGAGACGUUCGUGAGCGGUCAGCUGGAGGUGUGCAGCGAGGAGCCCGGGCGGUACGGCAGGCCGGCGCCGGGCCGCGUGGCGGUCGACCGGCCCGCCGCCUGCGCUAUACACUGCAACCACAAGGUUGCCUUACUUACUCUUUACUAUGAAAUAAAAGAAGAUAUAAAUGUUCUCGGAGUUACUUCUACCUACAUCAUCAUUAAUAGGCUACAGACUGAUAUUCUGGUAUCCGCCAUCGCCAUGCCCAACGAAGCAGACAGCCACUGUGUGUUGCAGCCGAAGACAUAUAAAGUUGUGCGUCCGACUGAAGAGGGAAGCAUCCAUGGCACGCCGCUGUCCCGGUUCUGGGUGCGCGGGCGGUGGCGCGGCGGGCACGCGGAGGAGCUUCGCCCCUACGUGUGUGUCGCGCUGACCGGCGCUGCGCCCGCGGCGGCCGCGCCCGUGCGGCUGGCGGCGGAGCCCCUGCGGAGGCCCGUCGCGUUGAAACAGGAGGGGGGUGCUUCGGUACCGGUGGUAAUAUGUCAGCAGCAUCAUGAAGGAAGAUGGAUAGUAACAAUAGCUGAGGACCCGUGUCCACAGUUCCUGAUACAAAAUCGGACGGGAAAACCUCUUGCCGUCGCUCAGCCGAUGCAGUUUGAGGGAAGCCCCGAGGAGCCUAAACAGGGAAGACAUCGAAGUCAGGCAGCAAGAGAGUGUUCGGGCGCCCGCUGGUGGUGCACUGUGGAGGCAGUGUCGGGCACGCACUACUCCACGCCGGCGUACUGCGCGCGCUACCCGCCCGCGGAGGGGACCCGCCCCACGCUGCCGCUGCUCGUGGUGGGCGUGCCCAGAGAAGAACUAGACCCCGACUGGAGUCAACCAAUGGCAGUGGCGGAUGGCGAACAAUUGCUGCAGUUAAGCGGUGGACUCACGAUCAAAGUGCGUGUGCGCACGCAUCCGCACUCGACGCUCAUAGAGUUGCAGGAUAUUGAUCAGUUUGACAUAUCAGCAAGCGAUAUACGCCGCCGCCUGGUUGGUCCGUUUAUAGCUAAGGACUCGUUACCAACUUUUAAAGAGGUACAACAUGGCGAGGCAAGCUUACAACGCAUCACCGCUGAUGAUAAUCUGAUGCCGGAACCAUCUAGUAGCAGAACGGAUCCCGAAGACGCGCCUCUACUAUCAGUAGCGAGUACCACACAAUCACUUUCCUCGUCCAAAGUCAUCAAGGCUGACAAGAAAGAUAAGCAAGAUAUGAUAGUAAUGACUGAAAUAGACGCCUUAAAAGAUUCGUCACUCGCCAAGCUGUCGAGUGCUGUGCGAAAUGAUAUCAAUGCCGCGUUCGACAAACUUCAAAGUUCGGUAACAGUGGCUCACGAUGAAAAUACUGACAUGUCAGAAACAUCUAUCAUGUUGCAAGGCGUCACUGAUACAGAAUGGUCAGACAGCAGUCACAUGUGGUCCGAGAUUGACCGUAUUCGCUGCGUGAUAGACAGCGUGGCGAUCAGCGUGGCCGGUUCUGCGGAGGAGCUGCCUAUAAUGGCGUUGUACUUGCAAAGGGCUGCGGUUUCGUUGAAGGAUAAUGUUAGGAAAACCAAAGUCACCAUCUCCGUAGUCGACGUGCAAGUAGACAACGCGCAAUAUGAGGACGGGCAAUACGACUUCGCGGUGAUAGCUACCACCAGAGCAGAAACCGUUGACGGUGAUCCCUGGCCACCACUGUGGAACAUGGGGGAGGAGGACUUCGACAUGAGGCUGGAAGACGCCAGGCUCAUGGUGGUCACCUGCAACGAUAAGUGGAGCGUUGGUGGUAACAGCUUUAAUGAAUUAACAGAAAUAGAGAUGCGUAUAGGCCCGCUAGGUCUAUACAUAGAAGACGCCUAUGUUACCGCGCUAAUCAGUCUAGUCAGGGUCAUCCCCGGGAGGGAUAGAGGGAGUAUAGAAGGGAACGAAGGGACCGAAAUCGCGUUGGCUGAGGCGGCGUCGUUGCAGCGCCCUUUGAGGUUGAGGAAACUUCUCAUACAUCCGUUGGACUUGACACUUACGUUGCAUACUGCGGUGCGCAUGUACAUAGCGCUAGAUCAGAGCCCGUUGCGUCUGAGCGCUUUCCAGUUACAAGACGUGAUGACGUCACCAGGCCGUUUGACACACGCACUAACCGUGCACUACUUGUCCGCCGCCAUCUUGGGCGCUGGCUGGGUAGUAGGAGGACUAGAACUACUCGGCGCCCCAGGAGCCCUAGCAGCUCGUGUAGGCGGUGCGGGCGGAGGCCUACGGGGCGUAGCCUCAGCUGCAGCGGCGGCUCUACUCCGCUCGUUGAGUGCAUGCGCAGGAUCACUAGCGCGUAACCUGGAUCUGCUUGCAGGAGAUGAACAGCAUGCGAGACGGGCUGCGGCUGCUAGACGGCGACCACCACCGAGCCUCAUGGCGGGACUAUUUGCAGGCAUAACUAAUUUUGCCAUCAACAUACUCGGCGCAGUAGGUGGUCUAGCCCACCACCCACUAGUGGGAGUGGCGGUGGGUGAAACAGAAAGUGGGACAGCCGCGUUACGGAGAGGCUUAUUGGGUGCUAUUACCAAACCGUUGAGUGCUACAGCUGAUCUCGUUGCGUAUGCUGGACAUGGUCUGCUCACACAGACUGGGUGGGAUCCUGUGCCACAGCCCCGUUGGGUGGCGAAGCCCGAGCUCGAGGCGCAGGCCGGCGGCUGGCAGCGGGACUGCGUGCGAUGGACCUUCAGACUGUCAUCACUAGCUGCCUUCACCGGAUUCUCCGUGCUACUUGCUGAUGUUCAGCUGCACUUGCUUAUCACGCACAAGUUUUUGGUGAUUGCGGAACCUGAGUCGGAGCGUGUUAUAGAGAUGAUAGACUUCAAGUUAUGUACUUUGAGACCUUACGAGGGACAAAUUAUAGAGAUUCACGUUACACAAAGAAAAUAUUCAAGGAUGUCUGAAUCACGCGUGGCGCUAGAUGAAGACAAUGAAUAUCAGUUAAGUGCAGCCGCGAUGGCGCGCGUGGCUCGCUACACGGGGGCGGAGGCCCGUGCGGGGGCGGAGGCCCGGGUUCUAACACUACUGCCUGCUCCGGGGUGUGCGCAUGCGCUGUAUGCGGCUCUAGCGGCUGCGGUGCACCAUAACACGGGAGAUCAUACGGCUAUGCUCUAGAGGGGGUGAUAUGGAGGAUGGGGGGGUACCGGUGCAUCUGGUGGUCUAUAGGGGACCCGCUGCUCUAUAUUGGAUCUAGUCGCAGCUCUAACGGUGGUUCUAGUCGUGGUUAUAACCGCUGCUGUAAUUAGGCUCCACUUUUAGCUCUACAUGCUGCUCUAUAGGGGAUACAGUCGUGGUUUUUUGUGUAGAUCUAGUCGGGUCCGUUAGUCUCGCUAUGGUUCUACUAUGGCUCUACGUUCUGCUCUAGUCAUGGCAGUAUGCAUGACUACGUGUGGCUCUACUUGCUACUCUAGUCGUGGCUCUACUUGCUACUCUAGUCGUGGCUCUACUUGCUACUCUAGUCGUGGCUGUACUUGAGGCUCUGACUACUUCUCUAGUCCUGGCUCCAGCUACUACUCUAGUCGAUGCUCUACCAGCAGUGUUAACUCUACACUUAUAAAUGCCAACGUUACUGGCUCACACCUGAUGCUCAGACGAGACUACAAAUUAUGCACAUAUUUUAUUAGUUGAAGAAACCAUAACUUCAGUACUGUUGCAUCAAUACCAGCUAAGACUCGGGACUCUACAACUACUAGCAGCACCAACAACUCCAUAUGCUGAAGAAUUCAUAACAACGACUCUUAUAGUGCGGGGGCGAACUAGGUAUAAUUUCGACUAGAGCAAUGACAGAAUUUUCUCAGAAUAAUAUACGAAAUUCGUCUUGAUUCGCGACCAUACUUUAUUACUCAUAUUAUAAUAACUGAAAGCUCCCAAUAACCCUUGAAUUAUUCUAGAUUUUGAAUGUGAAACACGUAACAGUGAAUACUGAAAAUUUUUGUUAAUUUUCGAAAAUUAUUCAGUGUUUCCUGAUACAAUCCUAUAUAUUGUAUAUAAAGUUCGUUUUACAGCAAUUCAUUGUAAAAAUGGUAAUAGGUAAGGAUAAAUUCGUAAUAAAAAAGAUUUUCUAAAACUUUAUACGUUCCAAAUUUUCUAUAUUUUUGUAUCACUUCACUUAAAUAUAAUUAUAGCUAGCACUUUUCUUUUAAAUAAUCAUCCAUUUACACUUUCUUCAU